AUCACGCCAUGGCCCAGGGAGUCACGUCAUUGCUGCAGCCCCCAAUAUUGCACACAGGCGUACUCGUGAGACCAACAUUCCCUCAGUUUCCUUGAAUCCCAGUCUUGAUUCGUGAUGAGGAUCCGGUUGAUCGAACCAAUGAAUCAAACAAAGCUCUAGAUGCAGGAUCAUAGGUCGAUGUUAUCAUAAUGUUGACCCUGCUGUUAUGGCUGCUCGCAGCCGUGAUGGGUGCCAGGACGACCGCUACUUCGGACCAGGAAAUCUUGAACUCAAUUGCCCAUCAGGCAAAGACGUCGAAAUACAACAUUGUCUUCGUGCUCACUGAUGAUCAGGAUGCUGAGUUGGGUUCUCUCGACCACAUGCCUUUCGUGGCGAAGCAUCUUCUGGCCAGGGGAACCAACUAUAAGAGACAUUACGCUACUACUGCGGUAUGCUGCCCUUCACGGGCUACGAUCUGGACCGGAUUGACCGCACAUCGACACAACAUCACGGACGUGAAUCCGCCUUGGGGCGGCUAUCCCAAAUUUGCUGCACUGGGCCAUAACGAGAACUACGUACCGGUCUGGCUUCAAGAAGCCGGAAUCGGCAUGUACUAUACUGGGAAAUUGUUCAAUGUGCACACAGUGUCGAACUACGAUUCGCCAUACCCCGGAGGCUUCACGGGAACUGAUUUCCUCCUCGAUCCCUACACUUAUAACUAUAUGAAUUCGACCUUCCAAAGUGGCACCGAUAAACCUGUGAGCUAUGAAGGCCACUAUAGUACCGAUGUGGUUGCCGAAAAAGGAUUCGCCCUUCUCGACCAAGCUGUCGAAAGUCAGCAACAAUUCUUCCUAACAAUAGCGCCUAUUGCUCCUCAUUGCAAUAUCUACAUGAACGGCUCCGUGCUGGCCGAGAAUCACACUUUCGAAUUCACCGCCCCAAUUGCAGCAGAGCGCCAUAAGCAUCUUUUCUCGGAUGUGAAGACGCCCCGAAGCGAAAACUUCAAUCCUGAUGAACCGUCUGGAGUUAGCUGGGUACGCCAACUCCCAAAGAUUAACGACACAGUGAUAGAGUACCUGGACGACUUUUAUCAGGCUCGACUUCAAGCUCUUCAAGCAGUGGACGAGUUGGUAGACGGACUAUUCCAGCGCCUUGAAUCCUACGAACUGCUGAAUAACACAUACGUCAUCUACAGCAGCGACAACGGGUAUCACAUUGCCAACCAUCGCUUGUUAGCAGGCAAGAGCACUUCAUUCGAAGAGGACAUCCACGUCCCACUCAUUAUUCGAGGACCUGGGGUGCCGGAAAAUCACUCUACGAAUCUGGUCACCACACAUACAGACCUUGCACCGACGUUCUUCAAUCUACUUGAUGUUCCUCUUCGACCAGAAUUUGAUGGGAAACCUAUUCCUGUCACGCAAUCAGGGCUCGAAACAGCACUGCGGGAGAAGCACGAACACGUGAAUGUCGAAUACUGGGGGUUCGCAGGUGCCGAGGGGAUAUAUAGCUAUGAACCCAGCCUCAUAGAGAACAACACGUUCAAAGCCCUCCGGAUCAUCUCGGAGGAUUACGAUCUAUACUAUUCCGUGUGGUGUAGCAACGAGCACGAGCUAUAUGACAUGAGGACGGACCCUGGGCAAAUGCAUAACUUGCUAUUCGAGGAGGAAGUGUUAUCCCCCACCAAUCCUUCAUUUCUGCUGGGCGUGCCUGUCCAAAAAAUUGUAGCUCGCCUGGAUGCCCUUCUGUUCGUCACAAAAUCCUGUGCUAAAGAAAGCUGUGUGACGCCAUGGUCGUCUCUUCAUCCUUAUGGAAACGUCUCGACCCUGGAAGAUGCAUUGAGCCCGCUGUACGAUCACUUCUACGAGGUUGAACAGCGGCGCGUCGUCUUUGAUCGCUGCGAAAACGGCUAUAUCAUUGACGCUGAAGGGCCGCAAUUCGAGCGUGAUGGCAUCAUGUACAGGGAUGGUUUGCCUUGGGACACCUGGGUGUAACGAGCUGUUAGCAAUGAAGAUGUCGAGGACGUUGGUUAAAGGACUGGUUCUCAGGCCUGGCGGUCUCAUCCUCCACCGCAAGAUGCUCGUGGUUUCCGGCUCCAUGGGCUUGAUUUUCUCUCAACACCAACAAGACGCAUCGCGGUCCUGAGACGCGCGACUCCGGAUGUCAAUCUUGAAUCAAAUAUCGCUUACUUCAUAGUUCGUCCUUUCGGAUCUGGUUGUCGGGAACAAGCCCGAACUAGACCGAGAGGAUCAUAGGGGAUGGACUCCCCCGGAAAAAUCACGCAUUUAAGCUCCACCUUGAAGCAGACGGAAUACGUCCGUACGGCGUAUGAGUUGGCAUAUUCGCUUGGUUCUACUGUACCCUAACUUAAUGGAAGCUUUGGUUAGUCUGAAAUAAGGGCGUA